AUGGCCGGCAUGAGAUCGAUUGAAAGCAUGAGCAAGAGCUUGUGGUGGCUUGGUGCAUCUGCGUCAACUGCAGCUUGUGGCACGCACACUAUGAGGUGUCAUGCCAUGUCUGUGGAAGAUGAAGCUGGUAAAGAAUUUAAGGCAAAUCUACAGAGCUUAUUAAAAGAAGAAUGCUUCGUUGAUAAUAAACCUAGAUAUGAUAAGUAUAGUGGUAUACAAGCACUGCAGUUAUUAAGUGACGAAGUAGAGUCAUAUCUUGCAGCAAGCAUGGACAAAAGCAUAGUCAAGUCUAGGGUUAUAAUGAUAACAUGCCAUCAACUUGCAGAGCUUUAUCAAAAUUUUGAAAAACAGGAAGAGAAGGCAUUCCAUCAGUUUAAAAAAACAUGCCUUGAAAUGUGUUACAUGCCAAGCUGUUUUGCAUUGGGAAUGUAUUACAUGCAGAAAAGAGAAUUCACUGGUGGUAAAGAUCCUGAUAAAGCUCUCAAGUACUUCUUAAUGGCGUGUGAAGCUAAUAUUUCUGGUGCGUGUAAUAAUGCUGGACUCAUAUUGCAACAUGGUACAGAAAAAAGUCCAAAAGAUGUGAAAAGAGCGGAAGCAUUAUUUGAGAAAGCUUGUAAAGACGACUUUGCAAACGGAUGUUUUAACCAAAGUAUUCUGUAUCUAACUGGUAGAGAGAAGGAAAUUCCUCGCGAUAUGGAAAAAGCGGUAGAAUUAGGUGUCAAAAGUUGCAAUCUUGGUCAUUUAUGGGGAUGCAUGAAUGCUAGUAAAGCAUACAAAACAGGAGACGGGAUAGAAGCUGAUCAAGAAAAAGCUAAAAAGUUUAGCGAUAUCGCUUUAGAGUUGAUGGGAACCAAGAAGUGA